AGCCAUGUGGACUCACUGAAAACUGUACUAGAUAUCAUGCAAGAUGAAGGCAGCCUUGAUAGCAGCCACGGUCCUCACACUCGUCUGCUCCCUUCAUAAAGCCAGCUCUCUGGGGAAGCUGAAGGUACCGGUGGUUUUACUUCCCUAUGUCCCCUCCAGCACUGGAGUCAAGGUCAACUUCACUCUGAGCUCCCCUCAAGGUUGCUUCUCUUGGUUGAGCAUUAAACCGGACAUAGUGUCAGUGAAGCCGCUGUAUUUGGAAGAGGAGUCUGGAUGCUCUCGGGAGGCGGAGCUCACGGCUCAGUCCACUCAGCCAAUCAGAUUGAGCAGCAUUAUCAUCGCUGAGGAUAUCGUUGACAGCUCUGGAGGAUGAUGCAGUGAUUGCUGCCUACCUUCUACCUGCUACUGGUGGUGUCAGGUCAAGAGAGAUUUUGUCCUCUACAAGUUCAAAGCACAUGAGUGCAGCUGCUCGCUAGAGAGGGGGAGCUACUUCCUCAAGGCAGCUGAAGACUGUACCUAUUUCCCGGGUCGUUGUUCAGAGGUGUGUGUACGUGGGAAGGUGAUCGGGAAACUGGGCGUGCUCCAUCCUGGUGUGUCUGUUGUGCAGCUCUAGUGUGUGUGAGACUGGGAGGUGUGUCUGGUGCAGCUGUUCUCACGGCCUCCUCCAACCAGUACCUGCCCUCCGUACUCUCCAGGGAGAACCUAUCUCCUCAGGGUCUCCAUGGUGCUGGUGGUGGGCGUCAAAACUGGUACGGCCAAGGUCAAGGUCCGUCUGAGGGAGAGGGCGUGACAGGGGGUGGAGCCUGAUAUCAUCAAGCUACUAGUCAUUGAGAACAUGAUUCUACAACCCUUCAUGGAUGUGUACAUUCUUCCACUGUCCUUUGUCGAGUUCGGGUGGAGAGAUGGAAGUAUGGGAGGUUAGAAGUCAUCACCAUGCCAUCAGAGCAGUAUUCAUUGGAGCUGACCAAUACGACAGUGGGGAGACUCCACUCACAGAGGUCAAGGGUCACCGGACUGGAACUUCAAUGUACGUGGUGAUCGUCCAAUCAGAAUGCUCUACCCAUGCACCCCCCAGACCUCCUCACUACAACACAAGGACUCAGAUACUCCCUGAGUGUCAAUUUCUUUCUUUCUCUCCUCCUUCGCAAUCCACCAGAACUGACGUCUAAUGAAAUACUGCUCUUCAAUCACCCUCUAAACAAGGGCGCCCUCACUAUAACCCACGGCUCUGAUUAUUCCUGAUAAUGUCAUUGAGUUACUUGACUGUUUGCAGCACCCAGACACUGGUGAGGUUCAUGACCUCCCGACCCUCAUAACCAAGCACCAGGUGGUGGAGAUCAACGACCCAGUGCAAGUGACCCCCAAACACCUCGUCAUUCUCUGGGACCCCCAAACAGAGUUCAAAUACCAGCACCAAUUGAAUGUGACUGAAUGGUCUUGUGAGGUGGAGGGGAUUGCUCACCACUAGGACCAAGGGGAAGUCCCUAGUGAUAGCCAUGGAUACCAAAAACACGACUCACUUUGAUAAACGGAGCCACGGGGCAGACACUGCGUUGUGACGUAUUUGUAGCCUCAAUUGAGAGUAUUGAGAUCACAACUCGUACGAGGGAGCUGCUGUUGGGGGAGGAGCCGAACGUUUCAGUGUGCAAGAUUUUUACGAGGAAGUCUCGUGCAUGGACAAAGAUGAUGUGUACAGUUUUGGAGUGCUUGCUUGUGAAGUGGUGAAUGCCAGAUUUCCUGAAGCUGCUGUAUUUCUUGGUCUGCUCGAGUAUGGAAGGUGUAUGGCGGGAGCUCCACCCACUCAUCACCUCCUGUGUCUCUCACUCCCCUCAGGACAGACCCUCCAUGGACACUGUGCUACACCACAUCAAACAAUUGAACUCUGAGUCUUAGCAUUGGUGCAUGAGUGUGUUAUUAUUAAUU